AGCAACGGACGGAUAAGUGGAAAGUUUAAGGAAGCGUUGACGCUAAUUUUACAAGUCUAGAUUCUUAAGAAGUUUAGUUUCUUUUUUUUUUUUUUUUUUAUGUUUGUAAGUUAAGGUGUAAAUAUGGAGUCAAAAAAGCAACAGUCUUUGCCCACACGCGUUUUUAUCAACGACGUCGACAGGUAUUCCUCCAAACACAUCGCUAAGUUUCUAGCGACGUUUGUGGCCGGAGAGAGCUCUGAAGAAGCAGAGACAGAGGACACUUCAGCUUCCCCUGGAGGUGAACCUGCUUUCCAAGUAGUGGGAACUGUAUCUGCUUCCGCCAAAGAGGCAAAAGAAAGCUUUCUACUUGAACAAUAUGAGUCACCAACUCGGGAUGAGCUUCUGGAGCGCAUGUUGGAGUGUGAUGUUGUGGUAUACAAUAUCUCAGAAACUGCUUCUCAACAGCAGGUUGAAGAAGCAUCAUGGGCGCUCACAGCUCUUCAAGCUGAGAUGGAGAACUUCAAGUCUCAGAAACUGUUCAUCUUAGUGUCAACUGUGAUGACAUGGGCCAUGACCAAGCCGCAGAAUCCGGAUGAGACAGACGUCGUGCUAUCAGAGGAAGAGUACAUUAGAAGAAGACCACAUAUCAGUUUCAGACACCACCAUAAUCUGGAGAAACUUGUGCUGAAACUGCAUGGAGGUAAAAAGUCACAACUUAAGGGCUAUGUUGUAGCCUCUGGUCUUCAGUAUGGAAAGGGAGAGAAUCUUUUUCACUACUUCUUCAAGGUGUCUUGGUUGAUGCAGUUCCCAAAAGUUCCUGUUUUUGGACAGGGAACAAACCACAUCCCCAUGAUCCACGUAAACGACCUCGGAGGAGUGAUUCAAAACAUCAUAGAGGUCAAGCCAAAGUUAAAGUCAAAGUACAUACUGGCUGUUGAUGACUCCAAGAACACUUUGGAGGAAAUUGUAAAGAUGAUAAGUUAUACACUUGGUUCAGGAGAUGUAAACAUACUACCCCAAGAAGAGGCCAUCACCAUGAAGGCUUUCCAGCCUGAAGAAUUACAGUUCCUAAGUAUCGACCUGCGUCUGGAUACUUUAAUGAUCAAAGACAUCUUCAUCCUCAACUGGACGUCCGAGGCCGGGAUGGUUGAAAACAUGAGGAGCAUUGUGAGGGAAUACAAAGACACCAGGCAGCUACUUCCAAUCAGAAUGUGUAUAGUUGGCCCUCCGGCUGUGGGUAAAACCACUGUGGCAGAGAAGCUGUGCAGUCAUUACCAAAUCCACCACAUCACGAUCAAAGAGGUCAUCGAGGAGAAGAUCACACAACUGAAGGAGACGGUGGAUAGUGAUGACACUGACCUCGUCAGUGAAGAGGUUUCAGCUGCUGCACAGAAACAACUGGAAACGUUGAACAAGAGCAUGGAAAUGAAUGCAGGUCGUCUAGCUGAUCGUCUAGUUUUUGACAUAUUGGAAGAAAAGCUGCAUUCAAAACCAUGCAGCAACCAAGGCUUCAUUCUCGAUGGCUUCCCAAAGACGUACGAGCAGGCCAGGACAAUUUUCACUGAAGAGGCCACAGAGAAUGAGGAUGUGUCCCUCAAAGCACCUGUGUACAACAAGCAGAUUACUCCAGAGCAUGUUUUUGCGCUAAAUGCCUCGGAUGAUUUCCUGAAAGAACGAGCUCAGGGGCUUCCACAGAGUGUGGCAGAGGAACUGGGCUACACGCAGGAGGAGUUCACAGCUCGCCUGAGGAGCAACAGAGAGCGCAGCACCGCUGAAGAAACCCUGCUGGACUACUUUGAUGAGAUUGAGAUUCAUCCAGAACAUAUUGAGGUCACUACAGGUGAUCCGGAGUACACGGGUGUUAUGAAGAAGAUCAUUAAGAUGGUGGGGGCUCCUAAGAACUACGGCCUGAGUCCAGAGGAGCAGGAGGUGGAGAGCAGACAUAAAGAAGAGGGGAGGAGGCUGAAGCUGGCGGCUGAGGCUGCUGAGAAGAAACGCAGGAAUGAAGCUGCUCUGGCUGCGAUGGCUGCUCAGUAUGAGGAGUGGCAAAACAAUUUGUCAGAAGUGAGGAGACAGGAGGAGGAGCUGCUGGAAGCUCGCUGUCUCCCUCUGAGGAACUAUCUGAUGAAGUACGUGAUGCCUUCGCUCUCUGAGGCCAUGUUGGAGUGCAGCAGGAUCAAACCAGAGGACCCUGUUGACUUUUUGGCUGAACAUCUGUUAAGCAACAACAACCAAGAAGAACAACACUAAGGAAGUAAUGAACCACGUGUUAUUUCAGGGUU